AGGCGGCAUGGCGUUCCGACAGGCGCUGCAGCUGGCGGCCUGCGGCCUGGCCGGAGGCUCGGCAGCCGUGCUCUUCUCGGCGGUGGCGGUGGGGAAGCCCCGCGCGGGCGGGGACGCGGAGCCGCGCGUGGUCGAGGCGCCGGCGUGGGCGGGGUCCGCGCGCCCCGGGCCGGGCGUCUGGGACCCCAACUGGGACAGGCGAGAACCACUGUCCCUGGUCAACCUGCGGAAGAGGAACCUGGACUCUGGAGAAGAAGAACUUGCGUCCAGGCUGGACCACUGCAAAGCCAAGGCCACACGACACAUCUUCCUAAUCAGGCACUCCCAGUACCAUGUGGAUGCCUCCCUGGAAAAGGACCGCACUCUGACGCCCCUGGGUCGUGAACAGGCCGAACUAACUGGGCUCCGACUUGCAAGCCUGGGGUUGAAGUUUAAUAAAAUUGUCCAUUCGUCCAUGACCCGUGCGAUAGAAACCACUGACAUCAUCAGCAAACACCUGCCAGGUGUCUGCAAGGUCAGCACAGACCUGCUGAGAGAGGGUGCCCCCAUCGAGCCCGACCCUCCCGUGUCCCACUGGAAGCCGGAGGCUGUGCAGUAUUACGAAGACGGAGCCCGGAUCGAGGCCGCCUUCCGGAACUACAUCCACCGGGCAGACGCUAAGCAGCAGGAGGACAGUUACGAGAUCUUCAUCUGCCAUGCCAACGUCAUCCGCUACAUCGUGUGCCGGGCGCUGCAGUUCCCUCCAGAAGGCUGGCUCCGCCUGUCACUCAACAACGGCAGCAUCACCCACCUGGUGGUCCGGCCAGAUGGCCGAGUGGCGCUCAGGACCCUUGGGGACACGGGGUUCAUGCCUCCAGACAAGAUCUCCCGCUCCUGAGGGCUGCCUGGAGGCCCUGCUCUCCUCAGUCCCCCCCAUGGCUCCCGUGGGUGUUGCCGAGGACACGGCUCCUUCCCCGUCUUCCCUGCACAGGCUGCUCGGUGGUCUCCCUGCACUUCUCCAGGAAGACGGUGAACAAGUACCUAAAAUGUGGUGUUUUGGUCUGUCCUUCCAGCCCAGGAUGGAAAAGGGAAUUGUUAUGAGCUGAUCGGCCUGAUUUCUCUCUGGGGGCUUUCUGCCUUGUCUGCCAGGAUGAGGCUUCACUCCUGCUGUCUGUGGGAACCACCUCUGGUCCGCACGGGCGUCUUCGCUCGUGACCACACUUGGCCACGCGAGCCCCUCGAGGCUGCGAGGAGGAGGGGCUGCCAGCGCUUCCAUUCGGAACUUGUCUACAUUCUUCUCCUUUCUUGAGACCCUUUUAUCACUUUAAAUAUUUGUCAACUAAAGAUUCUCCUCAUCUGGGUUCUUGCUUUGAUAACCCGUUUCUCAGUCCAGACUCCGCACCUCUGGCACUGUCGGGCCUCUCCCAGCGCCCCACGGAGAGGGAGGUGGCUGGGUGGCGAUCGAUGGGACAGACAGCAGGGUGUCCUGUUCCAGUAAAACACUCGCCAGCUCCAACUUCGCCUCUGGCCAUUCCUCCUUCAUCCUUACGGAUUAAACCAUUUAGAUGUGAUGUGUCCAUCCCAAAUACUCUGUUAACUUAGCAGAAACUACAAUUUCUAUGAAGUGGUUGUGAACAUUUUAGGCAGUCAGUGAAACUAAUUGGGACAUUUGAUCCAUUCCUCUGUAACUUUGGAGAUAACUGCAAAUAAAAGUUUUAUUUUACUGA